CUCCUCCUGUGCCGUCAGCCCGUUACUUCCUCUGCAGUUGUGUUCUUUUCAUGCUAAUCAACAGGAAGCGUGCACUCACCACAACAGCACAGAGCAGGACGCACACUCGAGUUGGAGCUACCGAGGGAGACGGUCACAGCGCCAGCACGGAGGUGGCACUCGAAGACUCAAGGAGCCCAGUGGGAUGACUUACUGCUAGUCUGGUCUCUUACAAACAGGAAGUACAUGAAGCUCCUUCCCUUGUUGCAAUCAGAGUGUGAGAUCUCAGUGUUCUAGAGGUCAGACCAGCUUCACCCCCCACCCCCCACCACCACCAGGAUGAAGCUCCUCUGCUGCCUGCUACUGGUCACUCGAGUGGUUUUUGCUCAGAACACUACCGAACAUGCGAACAGCCACUCAGAGUCAGCCACUCACAACGGCCUCAGCGGUCACAAUAAUAUACCCAAUUUAAGUGAUACCCAAACUACAGGAAUCUUUAAAGGGGAAGUUCAAACAAGGAGAGAACCAGAAAGAAAAACGGAGGCAGAGAUAGCUCCGAAGGUUUCGACGUUCAAUACUACCCCAGUGUCAAUCACAGAAGAAAAGAUGGUGGAAACAACAAGCAAGGUCUCCACUACGGCUGAUCCGUCAACCAUGGGACGUGCAACGGAUAAAGUAGAAGAGACCAAUAUCAUCACAAAACCUUACUCCACACAUUCUGCACCCUCGAGUAACUCACUGUUGGGUCUAUCAGCCACUAGAAGAACCACCAAAAGUGAAUCCAGUACAAAUGCCCCAGUAGGAACAUCCAGACCUUCUUCCGUGGACUCUACAACCUUGACUAAGUCAAUGCUGGUACUACCAACCACUAGAGUGCCCACCAAAAGUACAUCAAGUAAACAGGUCACCAGCAAGCCUCUGCAAACAACUCCAUUGAAAUUGUCACUGUCCACUUCUACCACUGUCAGCACUACCCUACUCAGUUCAUCUGGGGCACCCAUCAUGGAAGGAGAAGGUGAAGAGAAACUUAGCACUCCAUCCAUGAUAUUGACCAGCUUUUCUUUGAUGGCAUUCACCACUGUCAAAAAUGACACAGAAAAAUCUAGCAGCAACUUGACAUGGAUUGUUAUCUUUCUUGUCAUAGCCUUGCUUAUUUCACUCUGUAUUGUAUUAACUUUCUGCAUCAGCUGCAAGAAGAGGCAAAGGUCCAAGACCCUCAACUCAAGCCUGAUCAAGAAGAAAAAGAAGGGUAAGGAGGAAGAUGCCUGGGCUGGUCCCAUGCCACUUAAGGAGGAUAACGUCACAGUUGAAGAUGAGGGUGGAGUCAGCGACAAGGCCCCUGAUGCAGUGAACAAGCGGACCUCCCUCUCCACCUUCUUUGGGAAGCGCAAGUCCCGGCAGGCGUCAGUCAUUCUGGAAUCGGUCAACAUCCAAGAAAUGAAGGACUUGAGCAAAAAGGAAGAAGACAACCUGAGCCAGCCUCUCUUGAGCCCACAUUCGAAUGGCCUUCCUUCAAUGGCGGAAAAACCAAAUGGUACCACCACUUCCUCCUCUCCCCCAGAAGAAAAUGGGUGUGUCACCCACGCCAAGGAAGGACCGCUAAGCAAUAACGUUCAGCCGACACCAACCUCUGCUGACCCACCAAAACCUGAAGCAGAGACAAAUGGUGGGACCGACUUGCCUCCUCCUCCAUCAGCAGAGGAUGUCAUCUUGAAGACUUCUUUGUAAGGCUCAGAGUGGAAGAUGAUGCCACGAUGGUGGUACUGCUAAAACGUGUAUGGUCUUUCACCUUGUUCUCCAGGAGUUGUGAGUUACCACUUGACUCAGGUCAUUCCAUGAUGGUUCCAAAACGUGAACGCUAAAAUAUCCACUUAACUGAAACCCCACUUCACCCCACCAUAAAAGCUGGCAUCUGAGGACAGCAUAUUUGGGGGAUUAUGUGCAUUUGGACGACUAUCUGGAUAAUAUGAAUGUUGAGCAACGUGUAGAAUUAGCUGUGUGGCUGAUGGACAGUCAAUUGAUUGCUUCUUUCUUUCUUUCUUUCUUUCUUUCUUUCUUUCUUUCUUUCUUUCUUUCUUUCUUUCUUUCUUUCUUUCUUUCUUUCUUUCCUAGCUAAGACAUUACAUUUUCUGAUUUACAGAGUGAGGCACAGUUUCAGCGUGCUAAAACUUCAGCUUUAUCACACCAUAUUUUUCUCCUAAACACAUAUUUCACAAUAAAAGAAGGAAAUUGCUUUAGCUGGUGACAUAUUAGAUAUGCGUAACCUUCAGGCCGCAGGUUUUCAUGCCAUGGUUACAUGCAAAAGAAGAAGGUGUCCAAUAGAAAAGAUUCAAGGGUGCAGUAGGGUGAAUUGCGCCCCUCCAACAUCAAACCCUUUUCCACCUGAUCUACACAUGCAGCAUGCACACACACACACACACACACACACAGAGAGAGCUUCCCUUUGGGCCUCCAGCCGUCCCAGCAUACUUUUUAAAGACAGGUAUGGUAUGGAGUGCAGAUAAACAGGAAGCGCUGACACAACACAUGCAAGGUUCUGUUUCACCACAUGUAAAACUGGGGCAGCAAAUCAGCCUCGCCCAGGAUGCCGUGCACAUGCUGUGUGUGCACAAAAAGUGAAAUGUGUGCCACUCAUCACCUCGGAGCUCAGCCUCACGUCUCCUCUGAGUGUACACGAGGUCCUGACACGCCAGCCCAAUGUUCAGCAGCGCCUAAUCUAGCCGAAGCAAUCGUGUUACUCUUAUUUUGGCUUGUAUAUUAUUACUGCUGUUCAUUUUGUAAUUAAUUACUGUAAUUGAUUGAUCGAUUAACUACCUGUCUAAAUCACAUGCUGCCACAGCUUCCUUAGGGACCCCUUAGCUCUCCUCCAACUCCCCUUUGUGUUCUCUCUUGUAAGCUUCUGUGCCUUAAUGAAUAUGUUGGAUUUUCUUGGUAUCUUUACUUUCACUUCAUAAUUGGAUUAAUUACUUUUUAGGUCUGUGGUUCAUUUUAUUGCAGUUAUUUUUUUUUCUGCUUAUUAUUUUAACUUCUCUUUGUUUCUGUAUUUUUGACGGAUUUGGAUUUAUUUUUUAUUUUAUUCACCAUUACUGUAUUUACUUACCGUUUCAUUUUUUUGUAUUACUUUAAAAUUUAGAAUUUUUGUUUAUGAAAUUCUGCAUUUUUGAAUUUUGUAUUUUGGGCUCUUGUUAACAAAUUCUUCAUUAAGUUUAUAAAUUAAGUUAAAUAAUCCA